GAAAAGUCCCGCUCCGAACACAAAGCAUCAUGGGGCGGAAGAAAAUACAGAUAUCUCGGAUUCUUGAUCAGCGAAAUCGUCAGGUGACAUUUACCAAGCGCAAAUUUGGUCUGAUGAAAAAGGCUUACGAGCUGAGCGUGUUGUGCGACUGUGAGAUCGCUCUCAUCAUCUUCAACAGCACUAACCGUCUUUUCCAGUACGCCAGCACUGAUAUGGACAAAGUUCUGUUAAAGUACACCGAAUACAGUGAACCUCAUGAGAGCCGUACAAAUACUGACAUACUGGAGACUUUGAGAAGGAAAGGUUUGGGACUGGAGAGUUCAGAGCUCGAACACGAAGACAGCGUGCCGAUGGGAACGGAGAAAUAUCACGACGGCAUGGACCUCUCCAUCGCUCGCCAACGCUAUUAUGCUCCAUCGCUCCUCCCUUCAGAAGUGAUGGGUGCAAGUACUGAAAACGGCUACAGCAACUCCUCCAAUCCAAACCUGGGUGCCCAUCGGACUCCAUCCUACAAACCUUUCUGUGGCAGGCCGGGCUCAACCAGUUCUGUCAGCUCCAACUCUCAUCCGGCCCUUAUGGGACCGCAUUCAGGUCUGGGCUACUCAAUGUUUUCUCAUGGCAACCUGAGCAAGGCCUUGGAGAUGAAGACUCCGCCCCCUCUGAAUAUGACCAGUGACGGACGUCGCAUUGAUGCUCACAGCGGACUGUGUGGAACCCGCAGCAAUUUGGCCAAUGCAGUGAGAGAGUCUACCAAAAGAGCACUCUAUCAGAGUAUGCAUGCUGGGGGCCACAUGAUGGCGAUGGGGAAGACAGGCUUACUGGGCCACAGUCUGGGCAACUACGGGGCCUCAGAGUACAGCCACCCGAGUUACACUGUAGGUUUUCAACGCAAUUCUAUGAACACCUGGCAACCUUUGUCUCACCAGGAUGCCCACCAGUCCAUGAUCAGCCCUGGGAUGGCAUCAGGAGGAAGCUGCCCGUACCCUUCGCAGUGCUCUUCUCCCUCCUCGCCGCCACACCCCUCCCUCAACCUGAGCAUCAAAUCAGAGCGCACCUCUCCUGAUCACAUGCUCUCAGCCACGCCCCCCAGCCAUCACAUGCUGCAGCACUCACCAAUGGAAGAUCCCAAAGCCACGGGCGAGGAAUACACAGCGAUGGAGAGGAGUGAGAUACAGAAGGCCUCUUACUCCAGCCAGCCUGGUCCAAACAGAGACUCCGGGGAGGGCAAAAGCAACCCGCCUCUGAAACAACAUGACAUCAGUAAUGAAUGGAUAAGAUAAUUACCCCAUCCUUUUUAAAUGUCUUAAAUUCUUUUCUUUCUUUUUUUUUAAUUGGGAGAUGCAAUCUUCAUAUAAAAAAAAAAAAAACAUGCAUUAUAUUUGUUUUCCUUAACAGGCAAUGCAUCACAUUUUUUUUCUCCAGCUAUUCUUCGAAGUUAAAUAUACAUGCAGUUAAUGAGAUGUUUUAAUCAGAACCAGUAAAAAAAAAAAGUAGUAAUAUUAUCACUUCACCAGAGCAACAUUCAAAAAUCAAUGUUGACCCUGAUUAGAAAUGUUAUUUCUGUUUUUCCUCACGUGUAUAUUACUGUAGAGCCAAAAAGUAUGUUCAUGUAAAUGAUCUUCACUCAGAACGGACUGCUUUUCUACUUUCAACGUUUUUAAUGAGAAAACAAUGUUGUCUUGGUAUUUUUUUGCUAAUUUGCAUAACUUCUGGCAUUACCUAUAUAUUACAUCAUAUUUUAUGCUUAAGUUUUUUCACUUGUGCUUGUGUGAAUGCUGCAUACCAACAUGUACAAUCCUGAAGUAUUGUCAGUUUGUUGCAAUGUCCAUAAGAGGGCGGCACAUAACCAUAUCAGACAUCUGAAUGCUAUGCUUCUUGUUGACGUGAUACC